AUGCCAAAUUACCAAAAUUCACUAACGUCUACAACAGGAUUUCCUGCCAGUAUAUGGGAUUGGCCAUUACAAAAAGAAGACGGUGUUGUUACAAUUCAAAAUGAUUCUAAUAAAUUUGAAGCAACCCUACAAUGUCAAUAUUUUGCUCCAAAUGAAAUUGAAGUAAAAAUAAUUGGAGAAAAUAUAGUUAUACAUUGUAAACAUGAAUCUAAUACACCAGAAUCUUCAGUGUCAAGAGAAAUAAACAGAACUUAUAAAUUACCACAAGAUGUAAAUGUUUUGACACUUAAAAGUCAUCUUAACAGUAAAGGAAUUUUAACAUUAACAGCUGACAAGAGCGCUUUCUAG